AUGAGACCAAUCGCCCUCCUCCUUCCGUCUCUUAUUCUUCUACAAUUCACCCUUUGUGCUACCGCUUUGCCAUUCGCACAGUCUCUAUUGUCUAGAAUCGACACUUCGGAUGCUGCGCCUGGCCAGGAUGUCUUCGCACUCACCUCACCAUAUGAACUAGAGUCCCUCACAACGGAAGGGAGGCGACUCAGCAGCCUCUCCACACAAGAGAGCCUCGAUACCCGCCGGCUUCAACAGCUCAGAGAUCUAUAUUUCAGCCGCAUUUCCCUCAAGGAGGUGCGCAAAAUAAUUCUUUGGCUUCAAGAAAUUUGGCUCUCGACUGACGGUCUGAUUCAAUGCCUGCAGGAGUUGGCUCAUAUCGGAACUCCCAAUACCAAUCUAUUAUCAUCGCUAUCGACACAAUCUUCGACGCUUCCCGAGAAACCACUACCGUCCACCUUUCUUAUGCAACUGGAGGACAAAAUCGAGCCCGCCCUAUUGACAUCUGGCCUCAAAAUUAGAAAUCACGACGCUGAAACGCUGAGCCAAGAUUUCCUAACAUUUCCAAAAGCAGACAUUCAAUCACAGCUGGAACCAGCAUUCAUUUCAAAUAACCUACAAAGCACCGUCCCACGCGCAGCAUCAUCUGUAACUACCACUAACUAUAAAACACUGGCACCCUCAUUGAUAUCAGGAACAACAGCUGCUGCUGUCACUGACGUUUCCAUUUCAUGGACCAUAGAUGGUAUUGACGCCCUCAUUCGCUCUACAUUCGGCCGUCCCAUAUGGACCACAUUUCUCGUCAUCACGACGCUAGCAAUUCUUUUCCUUAUUUCAGUUCUAAUUGUAGAGGUGACGGGUUUCCUCUGGACCUUUGCCAGAUCGGGAUUAUCGUGGCUGCGGUCAAAUUGCUCGUGGUGGAGGUGGCAGCGGGCUAUUCGUCUCUCUGGGGCGGAGAGACGACUUAUUGCAGUCCCUGCAACAGACAGUGAUGAAAAGAGAGUGGAAAAUAGUUAUGCUGAGUUUCGCGAAGUAGAGCUGUGCUAA